AUGUUUCGUAUCAUCUUCCAGCUGCUGAGUACAGUGGAUGCCAGCACCAGCGACGUUUCGGGUCUGCAUGAAAAGCUGGACAGGAAGAAAAAGGUGGAGCAGCACAACGGUGAGAUCCAGCAGAGCUUCUCUCAGCGCAUGGAGGGGACGUUCAGCAGCAUGCAGCGCUGCGUUCAGGAGCACGGAGACAAACAGCAGCACAUGCUGAGCGGCUACUCUCAGGCCAUCGACGGCGUGGUGGUGAUGAACGAGGCAGCGCUAAAAGGCGCUCUGACCACCGUGGAGUCGUUCGUGGGGGGGGUCGGGCAGCUGGUGUCUGAGGGCGUGAGUCGCUGUCAGGACAAAGUGAAGCAGCAGGAGGCGCUGUGUCUGCAGGACAAGGAGAUCCUGCUGCAGCUGCUGGAGGAGCACCGGCAGGACAUGGAGGAGGUGCUGGUGACUCGCACUCUGAUGGGUGUGUCGGCUGUGAAGGAGCUCAGCGACACUCUGAGGGUUACCGUGGAGACGCAGCGAGAUCUGGCCGACAAG